AUGUGCUUGAGGGUAGGAAAGCUCUGCAGAGGGAUCGGGACAGGCUGGAUUGAUGGGCAGAGACCAACUGUACGAGGUUCAAGAAGGCCAAGAAGCCGGAUCCUGCGCUUCAGUCACAACAACCCCAUGCAGCGCUACAGGCUUGGAGCAGAGUGGCUGGAGAGCUGCGCAGCAGAAAAGGAUCUGGGGGUGUUGGUCAACAGCCGUCUGAACGUGAGGCAGCAGUGUGCCCAGGUGGCCAAGAAGGCCAAUGGCCUCCUGGUAGUGCACGGACACGUCUGCAAGCUUCUUCCUACCGUCUUUUAUCGCCUGGGGCAGUGGAAAUGCCGUGACGCGCAGAGCGAAGGAGCUGGGGGUGCAGGGAGCACGGCCAUCGCUGGUGCCGCCGCGGUCACUGCUCUUUGUGCCUUUGCAGAUGUGAAGGGGCGGCCGGGCGAGGACUUCUGCGUGCUACAGCACUCCAACAGAAUUUGUGUCAUCACCUUGGCGGAAGCGCAUCCUCUUCUUCAAAAUGGAAAAGCAAUUAAAAGCAUUAAUUACCAAAUCAGUGCCAACUGCAGCAGACUACAAAAUAAGGUCUCUGGGAAGUCAAAAAGGGGAGCUCAGUUUUUAACAGAAUUUGCCCCUUUGUGCAGGAUAUCAUCCUCUGAUGGAGAAGAGUACACCAUUUAUAGCUGUAUACGUGGGCGACUGAUAGAAGUAAAUGAAAACAUUCUUAAUAAUCCAGCUAUUCUGCAAGAGAAGCCAUCAACUGAAGGAUACAUAGCAGUGGUUCUACCCAAAUUUGAAGAAAGCAAGAGUAUAACUCAAGGACUUCUGACACAGGAGGAGUAUGAAGAAGUUUUGUUGAAACGACUUAAUUCUUCAUGAAAUUAAGUAUACAGGUAUCAUCUGUAUUUGAUAGCAAAUAAACUA